AGGAGCCCGCCCGGGGCCCCGGUAGGGGGCGCCAAAGCGCCGCACUGCAGCAGCCUGGCGGCCGGGCGCCGCGGCUGGGCCAGGCUGCGCUCGCCUCCUGCCGCAGUCCCUCGACCGCUAGUCGGAGAGAGCGCCCGGGAGGAGACCCCCGCCGGGCCACCGACACUCGCAGCUCCUGCGGCUCCCACACGCGAUCGCAGCCCAGCCGCUCGGAAAGGCAGCCCGCAGCCUGGGCUGCGCAGCGUGGGAGGGCUUCCCGAUCUCCGGGCACCGAUUCCGAACUUGCAGGGGACCGCGGCUCACCCGGCCUGGAGAGUGAACAGGGUUGUGGAGUCUUCCAAGAUUUAUAAUGAUAUGGUGAACCCAAAGGCCGGAACCAAAAAGAUUUGUUCAGUGUUUCAGUUUUAACAAAAGUAAAUCGUCUACCACACCCAUCAUGGCUAAAAGUGCGGAGGUCAAGCUGGCAAUAUUUGGGAAAGCAGGCGUGGGCAAGUCAGCUCUUGUAGUGAGAUUUCUGACCAAACGGUUCAUCUGGGAAUAUGAUCCCACCCUCGAGUCAACCUAUCGACACCAAGCAACCAUCGAUGAUGAAGCUGUUUCCAUGGAGAUACUAGAUACGGCUGGUCAGGAAGACACUAUUCAGAGGGAAGGACACAUGCGGUGGGGGGAAGGCUUUGUGCUGGUCUACGACAUUACCGACAGAGGGAGCUUCGAGGAAGUGCUUCCACUUAAGAACAUCCUAGAUGAGAUAAAAAAGCCGAAAAAUGUGACUCUGAUCUUGGUUGGAAACAAAGCUGACUUGGACCACUCCAGACAGGUCAGUACAGAGGAAGGGGAGAAGCUGGCCACAGAAUUGGCUUGUGCCUUCUACGAAUGUUCUGCCUGCACAGGAGAAGGGAAUAUCACAGAGAUAUUCUACGAGUUGUGUCGAGAGGUGAGGCGGAGGAGGAUGGUGCAGGGCAAGACCAGGCGGCGCAGCUCCACCACCCACGUCAAGCAAGCCAUUAACAAGAUGCUCACCAAGAUCAGUAGUUAGGCAGCUUGGUUUCUGCACAGGCCCCUCUCAGAUGGGCCCGGAAAUCGGAAACACUUUCUUGCCCCCCCCCCCUUUUUUUUUCUCUCUGCCAAAAAUAAAAUAAAAUAUUUUUCUUGUUCUGACUCUGGAAAAUAUCUGGGCUUCUCAUUGUUCUCAGUUUCCCGUGUAUUGGGAAGCUUUAGAGUGUUUUAUGCAAUGUCAGUGCUGACAGCUUCUCUUUGCUGCUUGAAUAAGAUCUACUCCAAUGCAGUUAGAACAUGUAAUCAUCACCAGAGAUUCUGAAAUGGCUGCGUUCCUACUAAGCUUAAAAAGUCUUCCUGAAGGCAUUUUAAAACCCGUAUUUCUUGUCAGAAACUACCAAAAAUUGUCUUAAGAGUCUAAGAUAGCAGAAAAUUUGGCAAAAACUCAGGAAGGAUAGUUGAACAGAGAAUAGAAAACUAGUUCUCAUGUGAAGUGAAGAUUUUCUCCCCCCCCCCCAUAAAACAAUUUUAUUGUGGUACAAUGCAUACACACAUAACAUAAAAUUUGUAAUGUUCAAUGAAUUCAGUGGAAUUAAGUGCAUUCGCAUCUUAAUGAUAUCUUUUGAAAAAAUAACAAAAACCCAUCAUGACAUUUAUAUGAAUAUUAAGUGCCCCCAAAGGGAGGAUUUUCUGAAUUAUAUCAUCUAGUUUUUCUUUAACCUUUUAUUUUGUUUUCAAGUUCAAGCAUUUUUUCACUAACAUUUUUCACUGUAGUGGAGAAUUCAUUUCAAUUUGAGUUGAAAGAACUCAAUGAUCUAUUAAUCAUUACACCCUAAUUUUUCUUCCUUGACUCAAGCAAGAUUUUAAUUAUACAAAAGGCAGCAGGACACAGAAUUAAAAUACUGCUAGGUCUUUUCUUAUUAAGCCCAGGGUGCUGCAAAGAUAUUAGAAAUGUUUCACCAAACCCUGACUUUAUUGGAUGCUACUAGAGGAUUUAGAAUUAGAUAUAAUUCAUUUCUCCCUCUGGUUAUCACCUUAGCAGAAAAACAAUAGUCCAUAAGCCAGAUAAAUUGAGAAAAGAGUUUAACUACCCCUCUAUUGGAGCAAAGACUUUGUGCCAGGCACAGUCAAAAAAACUACCCUUCAUUCAUUUAGUUAACAACAUGACUUCUUCUAAUAUUUUGGAUAAGUUAAUUCAGUUAGAAUUCAGAAAAAAAGUAGGUGAUUAAAGCUCACUACAUCUGAAUAAAUAGGUAUAAAACAGAUUGUUGUAUUGUGAAAGUACAGUCUAUAACUGAUAAAACUUUAUGAUUCUUUUUGUCCCUGUUAUGCCCCAAUAUAUCAAGAUUUGGGCACUUUAUUUUAGUAGAAAUAUGUAUCUUUUACAUAUGUAUGUAUUUAUAAAUGCAUUAUAAAUAUAUGUAUAAAAAUUUGUAAAAGUUUGGAAGCUUUAAUUCUCCAGUACAUUUGGACAACUUGGUGUAAUUGAUUUUAUUUUAGUGACUAUAAUAAAAAGCAUAGUUUUCUCAUUGUGUCACA